AUGGCAGGCUCGACAGUGGAAGAAACCCUGUACAACAGGCAGCUCUAUGUCUUGGGAGAGGAAGCAAUGAAAAAGAUGGGUCAUUCAAGCGCUCUCAUUAUUGGAAUGAAGGGUCUGGGCGUUGAAAUUGCGAAGAAUAUUAUUCUCGCUGGAAUCAAGAAUGUUUCCAUAUUUGAUAACGAGACUGCAUGCAUUAAAGAUUUGUCGACAAAUUUCUACAUCACGGAGGAAGAUCUCGGUAAACCGCGUGCUGAGGUGUGUCUGCCGAAGCUCCGCGAUCUGAAUCCGUUCGUGAAUGUAACACGUCGCGUAGAGGAAAUUACAGAAGACUAUUUAAAAUCAUUCCGCGUCGUCGUUGCCACCAAUCUGCGGAACGACCAGCAAGAAACGAUUGAUGCGAUCUGUCACGCUAACAACGUUUGUUUCAUCGGAGUGAACAACUAUGGCCUCGCUGUUCGCAUUUUCUGCGAUUUCGGCGAGUCCUUCUACGUCAGCGACAUCGAUGAUUCCGAGCCCGGCACUGUCCUCGUCGGAGACAUCAGCAGAGACAAGGAAGGCCUGGUCACGAUCGCCGAGGACCGCCAUCCCUUCCAAAACGGCGACCUGGUCACUUUCUCGGAUAUCCGCGGGAUGGUCGAACUGAAUGGCUGCGCGCCACGCGCCGUCCACGUGCUCGGCCCCCAGCAAUUCACGAUCGGCGACACGUCCUCGCUGUCUCCCUACGAAUCCUUCGGCUGGUGCACGCUGGUCAAGCAGCCGAAAACCCUCCGAUUUUUGGAAUUGCGGAAAGCCAACCGGCAUCCCGCGGAUAUUCUCUACACCGAUUUCGGGAAAGAAGACCACGCCAUGGCUCUGCAUACCGCGGUUCUCGCGCUCGACCGUUUCAUGGCGCGGUUUGGUCACGUGCCGCGCCCGUGGAACGACGAAGACGCGGGAAUCUUCGUCAAAAUGGCGCGCGAAGUCAGCCAAUCAAUCGACGAGGAUUGCCGUCCCGCGGAACUGAACGAAACCGUCCUGCGAACCUUCGCUAUGACCUGCUGCGGCGAAAUCUGCCCGAUAACCGCGGCUUUCGGCGGAAUCGCGGGGCAGGAAGUGCUGAAAGCGUGCAGCGGGAAAUUCGCGCCAAUCAAACAGUUUUUGUACUACGACGCCUUCGAAGCGCUGCCUCCCCGCGGGGAUCAUGCGGAUUGCCGGGAGAUCGGGAGUCGGUACGACGGUCAAAUCGUGGUAUUCGGGGAAACCUUGCAGAAAAAGCUGGCAGAAUCGCGGGUAUUUUUGGUGGGCGCCGGCGCGAUCGGCUGCGAAAUGCUCAAAAACCUCGCGCUAAUGGGCGUCGGAACCGCGGGGGAGGGCGCGAUUGUGGUGGCGGACAUGGACCGCAUCGAGCGGAGCAAUCUGUCGCGGCAGUUUUUGUUCCGGAACACAGAUAUCGGUCAGAGCAAGGCGGGAACCGCGGUUCGUGCGAUCCGAUCGAUGAAUCCGCGCGUGCGGAGCGAGUUUUUCGAGACGAAGGUGGGUCCCGAGACGGAGAAUUUGUUCAGCGACGCGUUCUUCGAGCGAUUGACCUUCGUCUGCAACGCGCUGGACAACGUCGAGGCGCGCAAAUACGUCGAUUCCCGCUGCGUCCGCUUCGGGAAGCCGCUGCUGGAAUCCGGAACGCUGGGAACCCGCGGGAAUACGCAGAUCGUCGUGCCGUUCGUGACGGAGAGUUACGGUGCGACCAAUGAUCCGCAGGAGGAGAAGAUUCCGCUGUGCACGCUGAAGAAUUACCCGUACAAAAUCGAGCACACAAUUCAGUGGGCACGUGACGCCUUCGAGGGACUCUUCGUCCAAUCGAUGCACACGCUCGCCGCCUAUCGCGACACCCGCGGUUAUCUCGCCUCCGUCGCGGGGAAGCCGGACAUCCACGACGAAGCCGUGCGUCAGCUGCACGAAUUAUUGGUCGAUUCCCCGUGCGUUUCGUUCGACGAUUGUGUGCGCUGGGCCGCCAAAUUGUUCCGCGCCUUUUUCUACACCGAGAUCGAAAACAUCGUCGCCCAGUUCCCCGCCGACGCGGUGGACGCCAAGGGCAACAAAUUCUGGAGCGGCAACAAGCUUUUCCCGCGCUCUCUUCGCUUCGACCCCGCCGACGAAACUGCCGUCGCCUUCGUUGAAACUGCCGCGCUGCUCCGCGCUCAGACGCUCCAGAUUCCCGUGCACGAUAACCGCGGAAAAAUCAUCGAGAUCGCGUCCACCGUCGAGUUCCCCGCGGGACCCGCGGGACCCGCGCAGCCCGGAGAGUCGUCAUCCCCGCGGGAACUGGAGCGGCUGGAGCGCGAGCUGCCGAGUCCGGCGACAAUCGCGGGAAUGCGUUCGGUUCCAUUGGAAUUCGAAAAGGACGAUGACGGAAAUCGGCACAUCGAUUUCAUCGCCGCCUGCGCCAAUCUCCGCGCCCGGAAUUACGGAAUCACGCCGGUGGACCGGAACACGGUGAAGAAAAUCGCGGGGAAGAUCAUUCCCGCGAUUUCGACGACGACGAGCUUCGUGGCCGGCGCGGUGGCCGUGGAGCUUCUGAAGGUGCGAUCGGGUUUUGAUUCGAUCGAACGCUUCCGAAACUGCUUCGCGAACCUCUCCAUUCCCCUCGUUUGCUUCACCGAGCCCGGAGCUUGCGCCAAAUACCGCGCCUUCGGGAAGGAAUGGACGGAGUGGGACUCGGUGGUCGUGACCCAGGAGCAAGCGAGGACCAUCGGCGAUCUUAUUGAUUACAUCGAGGAAAAGUAUAAGGUGGAGGUCUCGAUGAUGAACUGCGGGGAAAAGCUGCUCUUUAUGGGGUUCGGAGCGCCUGUAAGGCUGUACGGGUGA